AUGGGCGGCGGCAACGCGCAGAAGUCCAAGAUGGCGAGGGAGAGGAACCUCGAGAAGCUGAAGGGCGGCAAGGGGAGCCAGCUCGAGGCCAACAAGAAGGCCAUGAACAUCCAGACGAAACUGUUAUCUGUGGAAUUUGUUGAAAUUACGCCUUUAACUGGGACGGGAUGCGUGCCUCUUCAGUUGCAACGACGAUUGGUAGCCUAUUUCUCGAUAGGACUCUGGGUGGAUGGUUUUUUCUUUUUUGUGCGGCGAUUAUCGUGCAAGAUAUGCAUGCAGACUUUCAUCUGCACCACCUCUGAAGCAAAGUGCAAGGAGCAUGCCGAGGCAAAGCAUCCGAAGAGCGAGCUCGUCCAGUGCUUCCCUCACCUCAAGCAGUGA